AUGCCUAAGAAUAGCAAAGUGACGCAGCGGGAACACAGUAAUGAGCAUGUCACUGAGUCUGUGGCUGACCUGUUGGCCCAUGAGGAGCCUGUGGACUACAAGCGCAGUGUCUUAAAUGUGGCUGGAGAGACCUGGGACAAGCAGAAAGAUGCUGAGGAGGACCUGGACUCUGAGAACCGGCCAGCGUGGAACAGCAAGCUGCAAUACAUCCUUGCGCAGAUUGGCUACUCAGUGGGGCUGGGGAAUGUCUGGCGGUUUCCAUACCUGUGUCAAAAAAAUGGAGGAGGUGCCUAUCUGGUCCCGUACCUAGUGCUGCUCAUCAUCAUUGGGCUCCCUCUCUUCUUCCUGGAGCUGGCCGUGGGUCAGAGAAUCCGCCGGGGCAGCAUUGGAGUGUGGAACUACGUCUGCCCCCGCCUGGGGGGCAUUGGAUUUGCCAGCUGUCUAGUCUGUCUUUUUGUUGGUCUCUACUACAACGUGAUCAUUGGAUGGAGCAUCUUCUACUUCUUUAAAUCCUUUCAGUAUCCCCUGCCCUGGAGUGAGUGCCCCAUCAUUAACAAUGGCACAACGGCCAUUGUGGAGGCAGAAUGUGAAAAGAGCUCGGCUACCACUUACUUCUGGUACCGGGAGGCCCUGGACAUUUCCGACUCCAUCUCGGAGAGUGGGGGGCUUAACUGGAAGAUGACUCUGUGCCUGUUGACAGCCUGGAGUAUCGUGUGCUUGGCCAUGAUUAAAGGAAUCCAGUCUUCAGGCAAGGUGAUGUACUUUAGCUCCCUCUUCCCUUACGUGGUGCUGGUUUGCUUCCUGGUGCGGGGACUGCUGCUGAGGGGAGCCGUAGAUGGGAUCCUGCAUAUGUUCACUCCAAAGCUUGACAAGAUGCUGGAUCCCCAGGUAUGGCGAGAGGCAGCCACACAGGUCUUCUUCGCCCUGGGCUUGGGCUUUGGAGGAGUCAUCGCGUUCUCCAGCUACAACAAGCAGGACAAUAACUGCCACUUUGAUGCUGCGCUUGUCUCCUUCAUCAACUUCUUCACCUCCGUGCUGGCCACCCUGGUGGUCUUUGCUGUCCUGGGGUUCAAGGCUAACAUCAUGAAUGAGAAAUGUGUGGUGGAGAAUGCUGAGAAGAUCCUGGGCUACCUGAACACCAAGGUCCUGAGCCAUGACCUCAUCCCGCCCCAUGUGAACUUCUCCCAUCUCACAGCCAAGGACUACAGCGAGAUGUACAAGGUGAUCAUGACGGUGAAGGAGAAUCACUUCAAGGAGCUGAGCUUGGAUGCCUGCUUGCUGGAAGAUGAGCUCAACAAGUCAGUGCAAGGAACAGGUCUGGCCUUUAUUGCCUUCACUGAAGCAAUGACUCACUUCCCUGCAUCUCCUUUCUGGUCCGUGAUGUUCUUCUUGAUGCUGAUCAACCUGGGGCUGGGCAGCAUGAUUGGGACCAUGGCAGGCAUCAGCACCCCCAUCAUUGACACCUUCAAGGUGCGGAAGGAAGCUUUUACAGUUGGCUGUUGCAUCUUUGCCUUCCUGGUGGGCCUCAUCUUCGUGCAGCGCUCAGGGAACUACUUUGUCGCCAUGUUUGAUGACUACUCUGCCACACUCCCACUCACUGUUGUGGUAAUCCUGGAGAAUAUUGCUGUGGCCUGGAUUUACGGCACCAAAAAGUUCAUGCAGGAGCUGACGGAGAUGCUGGGCUUCCGCCCAUCCCGGUUCUACUACUACACCUGGAAAUACAUCUCUCCCAUCUGCAUGGCUGUGCUCAUGACUGCCAGCAUCAUCCAGCUGGGAGUCAACCCUCCAGGAUACAGUGCUUGGAUCAAAGAAGAGGCUUCAGAGAAGUUCCUCUAUUACCCAACAUGGGCUAUGGCCAUCCUCAUCUCUCUGAUCAUCCUGGCUACUCUCCCACUGCCAGUGGUCUUCAUCCUCCGCCAGUUCCACCUGGUGUCGGAUGGCUCGAAUGCCCUUUCUGUCACCUACAAAAAGGGCCGGAUGAUGAAGGACAUUUCCAACUUGGAAGAUAACGACGAGACCCGCUUCAUCUUGAGCAAAGUGCCCAGUGAGACCCCCUCCCCAAUGCCCACACACCGGUCCUACCUGGGCCCAGGGAGCUCUUCCCCGAUGGAGAUGAACAGCACACCUAACGGACGCUAUGGAAGCGGGUACCACUUGGCCAGCACUCCUGAAUCUGAACUGUAAUGACCGCCCACCACCCUCCCAAACAGAGCCCUGGAGAGGAGGUCCCCAGGAGCUGAUCCUGACCCUGAGGGCACUGAUAAAAGAAACCCAUCUUCGAAUUUUAACCAGUAAGCAGCCAUUUCCAGGGAUGACAUCGUAAAGGGAUUGUGGGAGGGAGCGGGACUUCUCUCCUGGCAACCUCCAGUCAAACAGCAGGAUGCCUUCCCGGCUGCCCUUGUGAAUAGAAAAGAAAAUGAAACAAGACACUGCAAUAAAUUUUAUAGGGAUGUUCCUACAGAGAUGCCUCCUGGAACAAGUCAAGAAUCUCUUUAUUUUCAAGCACCUGACGGUUGGAAAAGGGACACACAAUAAGGUGACAGCCAAAGAAGUUUCCUCUUCUAGCCUGGAUCUGUUCCCCCUCCGUUCAUUUUCCUUUAGGUAGGAGACGUGACAGCCUUAUUCCAGUGAGCACAUCUAGCCAUCAAUGUUCAUACCAUGAUGAAGAGCCAGUUCCCUCCAGGUUUGUGUUGCUGUUGUGUCUCCUGUGCUUUAAAAGCUCUGGAGGUGCCCAAAGCCUAGCAUCUGUGGACAUUUCUUACCAUGCAGGACUAAGGUGUAUCCCAAGUAGGCAAAAAUGCUUUGUAGCCAGUGGCAGAGCCUGGCUAAUCUUUGGGUGUCCGUCCACUGCGUUGCUACUGAUGCCAGUACAACAUACAAUGGGAUUGUGUCAAUGAAUAACUUUGAGAUGAGGAGAUCCCCUUCUGGAUGAGGCUUCAAGUUAGCAUGCCCAUUUACAAUGCAGUGUUACUCUUCCAAAUGGCAAAAGCAGCACAAGACCUCAGAUGGAUUCAGGUGCGUGAGCAUGUGCCAUGUGUGCAGGCCAGAGUCUGAACAGAGUUACCACAGGGUAGAUCCAGAGUGAUCUCCUGGGAAAUUGCAGGGUUCACACUGGAGUCACUCCUGAUAUGCAGCAUAUAACGGUGUUCAGGUUCCAGCCCCAUGACUUUUAUUUUCAAUGCACUGUGUGAAAGAGAGCACUGGGAGAGUGAUGAAUAGAUUCCCCUUGCUAGACUGGCUGGAUGCUCUGCAGGGACAGGUAGCAAAACUGGGGCUAUUGGACUCCUGGUUUAGCUCUCAGGAACUAGAUAUUAUCAUUUGCCCACGUCCUUGGGGUUGGCUGGCUAUAACUGAGGGCUGAAGGUGACCAUGUGCACCCAGCAUCUAUUUACAAGGCCCAGGUAUCCUCAGCCAAGGAUCCAAAUCCCUCCCUGGUAUAGUCCCACAGACAUCAGUGCCCUUACGCCAGGGGUGUAUUUGGUUCUGGGGGCCAUGCCUUGUUUCAGGAAGAUGGAGCUUGGCAUCACAUGUUAUUGAGUCUCCUCUCAGUUAGCACUAGAUCUUCACAGCUCUGCUUGGCUUCUGUGCCUGACCAGUGGGUCUCUUGUUUGACCCAGUCCUGUCACAACCAUCCAUGGGUUUUGGGACCUGUAUGAGAGAGUUAUGCUGGUACUCCCAGCUCCAUCUAAGAGGUUAGGACCAGAGGCAGGGAGCAUCACUACCCCACAUCCAUUUGUGGGUGUCUAGAGGAGCUGUGAGUGUGACAGGUCCUGCUUCUCAUGUCCCUCUGGGGCAGGGGAAGAAAUUGUCAUCUCACAUAUUGCUACCAUCUGAGCAACUCGCUGAGACCUUGCUUUUGCACUUAAAGCCAAUGCCAUAGACUCUCAUGCCAGGG